AUGGCGGCGGCUAAGGCUGACCCCGAGACGGCGGCGGCGCUGCGGGCGGAGGUCGCCACGCUGCGGAUGCGCGUACAGGAGCUGGAAGCAGAGAACCAGAGGCUGGCCAGGAUUGCUUCGAGCUGUACCUGCGGAUUCAAGGAGGGCAGUGUUGGAUCUGUUACUACACAACAUAAUGAGGAAUUUCAUCAAAGUAGCACUUUGGAGAAAGAUUUAAGCUUUCCAUUUGAUCACACAGUAGUAUCCACUGCAAAUGAAGUACAGUGCAACAUAAAUGCGGAAGGCAAUGGUUUGCCUGACGAUUCUAGCAAACGUACUAAAAGAACAGGUCGCCAUGUGGGGAUUUUAAGUCACUGCCCAAAGCGACUAGUUGCUCUCAAAGUCAUGUACUUCGGCCAGAGAUUCUAUGGUUUUUCUUCGGAAGGUAACACUGAGCCAACAGUUGAGUCGGAGAUAUUUAAAGCACUGGAAAGAGCAAAACUUAUGGUUGGCAAUAGGAAAGAAUCGUGCUAUUCGAGGUGUGGAAGAACUGACAAAGGAGUUUCUGCUACUGGACAGGUGAUUUCCUUAUAUCUGCGAUCGAACAUAAAGGAUGUUGGAGGGGACAUGUUAGAUGAAAGACCCGAAAUUGAUUAUGUGAAGGUAUUGAAUAGAAUUCUUCCAAGAGAUAUACGUGUACUAGGUUGGUGUCCUGUUCCAGAAGAUUUUCAUGCAAGAUUCACCUGUUUGAGCCGGGAAUACAAAUACUUAUUUUGGAAGGGGGACUUGGAUAUAUUGGAAAUGCAGAAAGCUGCAUCCAAUUUCAUUGGAGAACAUGACUUUAGGAAUUUCUGUAAGAUGGAUGCAGCAAAUGUGAGUAACUACAGGCGGCGCAUUACAGAAUUUACUAUUUCUGCAUGUGACAGAAGGUCCAACAAUGAUGAGUUGUGCUCCAUGACGAUCAAGGGUACCGCUUUCCUGUGGCAUCAAGUUCGCUGCAUGGUAGCUGUGCUAUUUCUAAUAGGUCAAGGCCUUGAGUCACCAUCUGUAGUUGAUUCGCUAUUGGAUAUUAUGAAAACUCCUAGGAAACCUCAAUAUAAAAUGGCGCCAGAGCUUCCAUUGAUUUUGCGAUCUUGUCUAUUUGAUAAAGCCAACUUUAUGUGUUCAUCAGAUGCCAGCCAGUCUCUGACUGAGCACUUAAAUGAUGAAUAUCAUCAUCAUAUGCUCCAAGCUGAAAUAUUUCACAUAGCGUCAUCAUGUUUACCUUUUCCAGAACCAAAUUCAUCAGAAACGCUUCAGAAGAAGAGGAACCAUAUGCCUCUCCUGUCACGACAAACAGAGCCUUCUUAUGAGGAGCGUAUAUCAAAAGUCAAAACGAAGCUGGCUGAUAAUCUCAAGUAG